AGGAGUUGAAGAAGAGGAGAAGGCAGUGAGAAGAAGAACCUAGAGGCAAGGGACGAACAGCGGAAGUACCUGAACUCACAUACAACAACAAUGGAGGACGCCGACAGAACCACGUCACGUUUAUGGAGAGCGUACAGAACCGUGAAGGAGAUGGUUGCUGACAGAGGAUACUUCAUCUCGCAGGAGGAACUCGACUUGUCGUUGGACCAGUUCAGAGAAAAGAUUUGCGACUCGAUGGGCAUGCCCCAGAGAAAGCUCAUGUCGUUCCAGGCGAAUCCACGUCAGGAGGCGCUGGAAAAGUACGGAGAUCUGGGCCCGCUUUGGGUCGAAUUCUGUGACGAACCAUCUGUUGGUAUCCAGACGAUGAAGAACUUCUGCGCCCACAUAACCGAUAAGAACUUCACGACCGGGUUGUUCAUCUACCAAAAGAACUUGACACCUAGUGCCACCAAGGCGAUUGCUGCAGCCGAACCUGCCACGAUCGAGAUCUUCCAGGAGUCCGACAUCAUUGUCAACAUCACACACCAUGAACUAGUUCCUAAACACAUCAGACUAAGUGCCGAGGAGAAAAGGGAUCUUCUCACCAGAUACAGAUUGAAGGAGUCACAGUUGCCAAGAAUCCAGAGCGAGGACCCUGUUGCCCGUUAUCUGGGCUUGAAGAGGGGCCAGGUUGUCAAGAUCAUCAGACGGUCUGAGACCUCGGGCAGAUACGCCUCGUACAGAAUCUGUCUCUGAGGUGUCUACCUGUCUAUGUCUAUUUGUGUAUAGCUUAACUAGAUUUACAAAACCGAAAACAAAAGUACGAUUAACAAGGAACCGGCG